UUUUUUUUAUGACCCAUGAAGCAGCCGCUUAUAUUCCUUUCACUUCUGUUUCCACUCUUCGACCAGAGAGAGAGAGAGAGAGAGAGAGAGAGAAGAGAUCGAAGAACAACCCGAAAGGGGAAGAAGAAAGGAUUUUCUCCGGAAAUCUGUCCAAGUGGAGACAAAACUAUACAAGAAGUUUCCUGGUUAGUCUCCUGGAAUCAGAGCGAGGACCUGAAGAUGUCGCUGAAGCAGGCAGAAGAAGCGAUGGUGGGAAAUGUUAACGAGACAGAGAUUGAAGCGAGAUCUGAGGGCAGAACUACUGAUGACGGCGGUUCGGUCUUCAGCAUGAAGAGCCUUCUCUGGCAUGGCGGUUCUGUUUAUGAUGCCUGGUUCAGCUGUGCAUCCAAUCAGGUUGCACAGGUGUUGUUGACAUUGCCAUACUCAUUUUCUCAAAUGGGGAUGGUGUCAGGUGUGGUUCUGCAGAUAUUCUAUGGCAUUAUGGGCAGCUGGACAGCUUAUCUCAUCAGUGUUCUCUAUGUUGAGUAUAGAAGCAGGAAGGAGAAGGAGAACGUUAGCUUCAAAAACCAUGUCAUCCAGUGGUUUGAGGUGUUAGAUGGUCUACUUGGUCCAUAUUGGAAGGCUGUGGGAUUAGCCUUCAACUGCACGUUUCUUCUCUUUGGAUCUGUCAUCCAGUUAAUUGCCUGUGCAAGUAACAUAUACUACAUAAACGACAAAUUGGACAAGAGGACAUGGACUUACAUAUUUGGAGCAUGCUGUGCAACCACAGUGUUCAUCCCUUCAUUCCACAACUAUAGAAUAUGGUCUUUUCUUGGCCUCGGUAUGACCACUUACACCGCUUGGUACCUUACUAUCGCCGCUUUUCUCCAUGGCCAGGUUGAAGGAGUGACUCACUCCGGUCCAACAAAGCUGGUUUUGUAUUUCACGGGGGCCACCAAUAUACUGUACACUUUCGGCGGUCAUGCCGUCACUGUAGAGAUAAUGCACGCAAUGUGGAAGCCGAGAAAGUUCAAGUACAUAUAUCUAUUUGCCACUCUCUACGUCUUCACACUAACAAUUCCAUCAGCGGCUGCUGUGUAUUGGGCGUUUGGGGACCAGCUCCUCACCCACUCUAACGCCUUCUCCCUCCUUCCCAAUUCUCCAUGGCGAGACGCAGCCGUCAUCCUCAUGCUCAUCCACCAGUUCAUAACAUUCGGGUUUGCGUGUACGCCGUUGUAUUUCGUGUGGGAGAAAGUUGUAGGGAUGCACGAUACAAAGAGCAUAUGCAUAAGGGCACUUGCUAGGUUACCGGUGGUGGUUCCCAUAUGGUUCUUGGCCAUCAUCUUCCCUUUCUUCGGCCCCAUCAACUCAGCCGUCGGUUCCCUCCUCGUCAGCUUCACUGUUUAUAUCAUCCCUGCCCUUGCCCACAUGCUCAUUUACCGCUCCGCUCCCGCUCGUCAGGUAUCUUCCCAUAAGCCGCCGGGGGUUCUCGGGGGCUGGAAAGGAGCGUACGUGGUGAAUGCGUUCGUGGUGGUGUGGGUGCUUGUGGUUGGAUUCGGGUUAGGAGGAUGGGCAAGUAUGACUAAUUUCAUCAAACAAGUUGACACUUUUGGCCUCUUCGCCAAGUGUUACCAGUGUCCUCCUCCUUCCUCCUCUCCGCCUCAUUGACUCCCCUUCGGUUUUGUUCUCUGGGGAUAGGUGUGUUUCCGCGCGUAUUAGAAGUGUUGGGGCUAAAACAAAGAAAUUAAUGAACUUUGUUUAUUCCUUGCAAAAUGGAUAAAUUGUUUUUGUGUGAUUG